GGAAUACCCUGCAACAGUUUGCCAACAGACAACAAAUUCAGGGUGUCGAUAAUAAAAACCCCCAUGUUCAAAAUGGCGCUAUUGUUGACAUGCCAGCUGUGCAAAUAAAGAACGUAAAAAAGCGAAAAUGUAGAUAGCUGGUGAUUUAUAACAGAUAACGAAACUGAUAACGGAGAGUAGAAUUAAAUGUUCAGUUGUCCAAGACUGUAAGGUGCUGCAAUAUUAAAAAAACGUGUAGAUGUGGAAAAUAUUAGACUAGUUCGCCACGAAAAUGGGAAGAAUACGUUGGUUCACGAGGACUUCGAGAAUAGUGGCGCUAUGCAGCUUCGCGAAUUUUAUAAACAGUGCCGACAGGGUCAUCAUGCCCAUUGCCAUCGUACCCAUGACAAAUCUGUUUGAGUGGAGUUUACAUUCGCAGGGAUGGAUAUUAUCUGCAUUCGCCUUUGGUUAUUUCACUAGUCAAAUUUUAGGAAGCUUCUGGGCAACACAAUUAGGAGCCAAAAAUGUUCUAAUCUGUAGUGUGGUCUUGUGGAGUAUUGCAACAUUUAUAACCCCCUUAUUAGCAAGCAGCAUUACAGCCCUGGUUAUUUGUAGGAUAGUACUUGGAUUUGCAGAAGGAUUAGGUUUACCGACAAUAUUUCACUUGUUCGCUCAUAGCGUACCAGUAGAAGAACGUUCAAGGGCCUUUUCGUAUUUGCUAGCCUCCGGUUCUGUUGGCCAAACAGUAGCAUCCGUUUUAUGCCCGCAUUUAUCCUGGGAAGCAUGUUUCUACUGGUUUGGAUCUUUCGGAUUCCUGUGGGUGCUGCUCUGGUACUGUUUUUACCCAGAGGAUUCCUACAAUGGCGAAGAAUCGCUUCCUCUACACAUGCCUAAGGUGAUAUCCCACAACAUCCGAUGGGCCGAUUUAAUUUUCAGCAAACCCUUGUGGGUGAUAUACACUGCUCAUUUCGCCAUGAACUGGUCCUCGUACAUCAUCAUGCAAUGGCUUCCGACUUACCUGUCGAGGUAUCUGGGUGCUAACGCUCACAGCUUGAGUCUAACGGCGGUGCCCUACAUUGUAAACUCGAUUUUCGGAGUCAUAAGUGGCCAUGUAGCCGACGGAUUGCUAGGAAGGAAGAACUGGUCGGUGCUUAAUGUUAGAAGACUCAUGACUUGUAUUGGAUUGGUCGGCCCCGCACUAUUCCUAGCCAUAUUCUGUGUGGUUGACCAUUUGGCCUUUGCGUUAAUCCUCGUGAGUAUAUCCAUGGGACUGUCGGCUAGCAACUCAGCAGGGCAUCUCAGUAAUCACGUCGACGUGGCUCCGAAUUAUGCUGGUACGACGUUCGCUAUUAGCAACACGAUAGCGACGAUCCCUGGCAUUCUAUGUGGACCGCUUACAGCCACUUUGGUGACCAUUUCUAGAGGAAGAUGGGCGCCCGUUUUCCUUGGAGCUACUUUUGUGAAUUUGACGGGUGCUUUCAUUUAUUUUACAAAUAGCGUUGCGACACAAGUUUUGUAAAUACUGGACCUAUCAUUAAGAGUGUAUAGAAACGUGUAUAUUUAUAAGUAUAAGGAGAAUAAAUUGUUUUAGUAUCACCA